AAUAGACUGACCAACAUGUGCUCCUCCAGUUGUGUCACCAUGGUUACGCUGUCUAAAGAGUAUGGGUACGUGGUGCUGACCGGCGCGGCCAGCAUGUUCAUGGUGGGACACCUGGCCAUGAAAGUGGUGAAGGCCAGGAAGAAGUACAAGGUGGAGUACCCUCAGAUGUACAGUGACGACCCAGAGAAUGGACAGAUCUUCAACUGCAUCCAGCGCGCUCACCAGAACACCCUGGAGAUGUACCCCGGCUUUCUCUUCUGCCUGGUCGUCGGCGGCUUCCACUCACCUCGUCUGAUCAGUGGGCUGGGUAUGGUGUGGAUCAUCGGCAGAGAGGUGUACGCACACGGAUACUCCACCGGAGAUCCCAACAAACGAAUGAUGGGAUUGUUUGGCAACUUGGCCAUCUUUGGGAUGAUGCUGACCACCAUGAACUUUGGCCGCCACCUGCUGGGCUGGACCGGGCCGAGGAUGGGCUCCUUCCGUCCCAUCCACAGGAGUUUGUAGGACCAAGACAUCAGCACUGAAUGUACCCUUUAAAACAAUGGCAACUACAGAAUAAUGUAAACUACGUUUGUGUGAGUUUAUGUUGUCAGGUGGUCCGACUGGUUUCCCAUAUAAAGGAACGGCUCAACUUGGAGUACUGGUUGUGGCACUUUCACUCACCGGCCUUCCCAAAGCAGCUAUGAGUUUGCUCUUUUUUUUUUAAAGGAACCACGCCGUGAUCAUUUGGCAACAUGAUUUUCAAAUCUUAUUUGCUGCUGUAGAGGAAAUUGUAAAAUCAAAAGAUUGAAUGUAGUUCAUUUUGUCUUGGCUUAUAAUUAACUCUGCUGUUUCUUUAUCUCAGACGAGGGUUUUAGGUGAUUUAUUACCUGAUGUUUCGGUCUGAAGGUGGAAUCAUGUAGGUUAAACAAUAACCUAAAACCCUUGUCUGAGAUAAAACAAACAGCGGCAUUUAUAAACUCAAAUGUUGCUGUCUGUUCAUUGCCUCAGUCAGCGUUUACUAAACUGACAAAUAUACAUUUUGUAAACUCCCAAAUAAAGGAUGUAUAUUAUCAAA